UUUUUUUUUUCUCUUCCCCCUGCCAGAGAUGGUCACGUCCGCACCGGGGAUCCUUCUGCUGCCGAUGUUAAUAUGUCUCCAGCGCUGCGUUAACGUCCACGGUACAAAGACGGAAUGUGAAGCAAGUCAGUUUCAGUGUGGAAACGGUCGCUGCAUCCCGUCUGUGUGGCAGUGCGACGGAGACGAGGACUGCACCGACGGCAGCGACGAGAACUCGUGUGUUAAAAAGACUUGCGCAGAGUUGGACUUCGUGUGUCGCAAUGGCCAGUGUGUCCCGAAGCGGUGGCACUGCGAUGGGGAGCCGGACUGUGAAGAUGGGUCUGAUGAGAGCUUAGAAAUCUGCCACAUGAGGACGUGCCGGAUGAAUGAGUUUAGCUGUGGUGCGGGCUCCACCCAGUGUAUCCCCAUCUUCUGGAAAUGUGACGGCGAGAAGGACUGCGACAGCGGAGAGGACGAGGUCAACUGUGGAAACAUCACUUGCGCCCCAAACGAGUUCACAUGUGCCAGUAGUCGCUGCAUCUCCCGGAACUUCGUGUGCAAUGGCGAGGAUGACUGCGGCGACGGCUCGGAUGAGGUGGAGUGCGCGCCGUCGUCCUGCGGUCCCAGCGAGUUCCAGUGUGGAAAUUCUUCGUGCAUCCCAGCCAGCUGGGUGUGUGACGACGACGUCGACUGCCAGGACCAGUCAGAUGAGUCUCCUUCCCAUUGUGGUCGACACCCAACACCCCCGGCGAAGUGCUCCCCCAGUGAGAUGCAGUGUCACUCAGGAGAGUGCAUUCACAAGAAGUGGAGGUGUGACGGAGACUCAGACUGCAAGGACGGCAGCGAUGAAGCCAACUGUCCUGUUCGCACCUGCGGGCCGGAUCAGUUCAAGUGUGAUGAUGGAAACUGCAUCCUGGGCAGCAGGCAGUGUAACGGCAUCAGAGACUGCGCAGACGGCUCGGACGAAGUCAACUGCAGAAACAUGACCCAGUGUAACGGGCCAGAGAAGUUCAAGUGCCGCAGUGGGGAGUGCAUAGAGAUGAGCAAAGUGUGCAACAAGGUCCGAGACUGUCCCGACUGGAGCGACGAACCCAUCAAGGAAUGCAAUUUUAAUGAGUGUCUCCUGAACAACGGCGGCUGCUCGCACAUCUGCAAAGACAUGGUGAUCGGCUACGAGUGUGACUGCACGCCUGGACUCCAGCUUAUAGACCACAAGACCUGCGGAGAUGUUGAUGAGUGUGUGAACCCUGGCAUUUGCAGUCAGAUCUGCAUCAACCUGAAGGGAGGAUACAAGUGUGAAUGCCACAACGGCUACCAGAUGGAUCCGACCACCGGCGUCUGCAAGGCUGUUGGUAAAGAGCCCUGCCUGAUCUUCACUAACCGCCGUGAUAUCCGCCGUCUGGGUCUGGAGAGGAAGGAGUACACUCAGAUUGUGGAGCAGCAGAGAAACACGGUGGCUCUGGAUGCAGACUUUGACCAGCAGACCAUUUUCUGGGCUGACCUGGGCCAGAAGGCGAUAUACAGCACUGUGUUGGACAAGCGCGCGGAUGCUGCCACCCACAAGAAGGUGAUCGACAAUGUGCAGACCCCAGUGGGAAUCGCUGUGGACUGGAUCUACAAGAACCUGUACUGGUCUGAUCUUGGAACCAAAACUAUCUCAGUGGCCAGUUUCAAUGGAACCAAGCAGAAGGUUUUGCUAAACAGGGGCCUCAAAGAACCGGCCUCUAUUGCUGUUGAUCCACUGUCUGGGUUUCUGUACUGGUCUGACUGGGGCGAGCCAGCAAAGAUUGAGAAAUCUGGCAUGAACGGAGUGGACAGACAGGUUCUGGUGGCGACAGAUAUCCAGUGGCCUAAUGGAAUCACACUGGAUCUGAUCAAAGGCAGGUUGUACUGGGUCGACUCAAAGCUGCACAUGCUCUGCAGCGUUGACCUGAACGGGGACAACAGAAAGAAAGUACUCCAGUCUCCAGAGUACCUGGCUCACCCCUUUGCUCUCACUGUUUUUGAGGACCGAGUUUUCUGGACGGACGGAGAAAACGAAGCGAUCUACGGUGCAAACAAGUUCACCGGCUCUGAUGUGGUAACGCUGGCUAGCAACCUGAAUGACCCCCAGGACAUCAUCGUGUACCAUGAGCUGAUUCAGCUGUCGGGUACUAACUGGUGCUUGGAGAAAGGUGAAAAUGGAGGCUGCAGCUACAUGUGUCUGCCCGCACCACAGAUCAACAAACACUCCCCCAAAUACACCUGCGUGUGCCCCGAGGGGCAGGAGCUGGCUGCUGACGGCUUGCGCUGCAGGCCUGAAGCAAACGUGAGCACAUCAAUCCAGGUGAAUUCCACCGCCAGAGGUUCUGCUGCUGCCUGGGCCAUACUUCCUGUCUUGCUGCUGGCGAUGGCGGCAGCAGGCGGCUACCUGAUGUGGAGAAACUGGCAGCUGAAGAACCAGAAGAGCAUGAACUUUGACAACCCAGUCUAUCUGAAGACCACAGAAGAAGACCUCAACAUUGACAUCACACGGCACGGCGCCAACGUAGGACACACGUACCCUGCGAUUCAAUAGUGAGCACAGAGGAUGAUUUAUCCUGAUCGUAUUGGGUUUUUUAAAAUUUUUUCACGGUUGCAUGGCGCCUCCUCGUUCCAGUGCGGGCGGUUGACCGUAGCAGCAGCAGCAGACCUUAUAGUACGACCACAUGCCUUCUGAAGUGCAUUAAACCAUUAUGUGUGGCGAAGAGGAAGUCUUAUUUAUUAUGUGAAUACUACAACGAAUCGUGUCCCAGCUGGUUUCACUCCACGUCCAGUGAUGUUCUUUUUUCCUUCAUUAUUUUUUUUUUGGCCACGGACAUUUUCCAGUCAUGCCCCGCCCUCUUUAAGGAGCCUGACGCUUGUGGGGUUUUGUGGAUGCGAGAUUUAUUUCGUUAAACUGUCCCGAGGACAGAAUUUGAAACAGGAUCUGAGCUCCCAGAAACCCGGCACGGCAGAUGUUUGAAGACUACAUGAAACGCUAGGGUCAAAGGUCAUUUAGAAUUAAGGCUUUAAUGGGGGGGGGAGAGAAUGUGGUUCAGAC